CUGAAAACGUGGGCCGAGGUCGUGUGUAAAAACCGAAGUUUUGGCGGCGUUGCGGCGAAAACAGGUCAUGAAUACAAUGUGACCAGCCACUGUGAUGCCGGGAUAGUAAUAGAGGGAAGUGGAGAACUGACGAAGACAUUGUUUGUGAUGCAGGUGCAGAUUUUCUUUUAAUCCGUCUAAAAGAGGACAGUAAAUGAAAACAUUGUGGCGCCAUGGCAUUGCGUCAUUCGGAUCGACUACGGCGUCGUGCCAGUGAAGUCAUAGUGGAAGCCAAUGGAACAUCAAAUGAGAAAGUGAAAACAACCAUGGUGAUACAGGGGGACAAAUCAGGGGUGCGCGUCCUGCGCUCCAAAGACGACAUCGAGCUGAUGAUGGAGUGCGAUGACGAGCCACUCACACCGGCUCAGCUCGAUGCCAAUUUCCGAGCCAAAGAGGCGCAUGCUCUGGCCAUGCGACGGAUCAAGGCUGCCCACGAGGGGAGACUCUCCUUUGUAAGGGGCACUCCGGUCAUACAUGAUAAGCCAAUCAUGCUGCAGUCAGGAGCUAGCACAGUUCAACUCUCAAAUGCUGGAACGGGAAGUCACGUCAUCCAGUCCCCUCCUAGACAACAGGCUGGUACCAGUAUUCUCAAUAAAAACCAUGUCCAAAUGAUGCGUACAAACUCUGGGGCCCUUGGAAGCGGUACAAUGGCACAUCAAGUGGUUCAGGAUUCCAACUCUGGUCAAAACAUGACUUACAUAUUGGGGCCCAGUAAGCAGAGGCCUGCAGGAUCUAUCCCUGUGGGGAGAGUGGCAGCACAACCCAGGAAACAGUUUAAUGCCAGUCCUGGUUCUGAGGUGAUCGCCGGUACGUACGGGCUCGGCGUGAAGCGGAGUUAUGCUUACGACGAAUUCUCGCAGGAUUCAGAGGCAGCUUUUAAAAAACAGAAGAAGAAAAGCCAUCAAAUGGACCAACAAGGUAACUGGGUGUCCCUAGAUGAUUACUAUUACGGGAAGGCGGAGGGAAAUGCGUGGUACAGCGAAGAGACCGGAGAGUACAGGUUCAAGUGUUGGUAUUGUAACAAGAUGCUGUACAACAACAUCAAAGCCAUGAUGCACCUGCAGAGUCACAUUGACAGCGAGAAGCAGCACAACCUGGAUCUCAGUGACCUCACUCAGUGUAAACAUUGUUACAAACAGUUUGACACGCCCUUUGAGAUGCAGACGCACGUAGAAAAGGUUCACCUGAGCACCUCAAACGUGCUGAUGUGUCGGAUCUGCGAGAAGGACCACGAGACGAACAGCGCGCUGAGUUCACACAUGAAGCAGAACCACGGCUCCUGCGAGAUGCCCUACAUCUGCCAGCUCUGCUUCUUCCGCAGUUCCAUGUAUAGCGAUGUCGUCGACCAUUUUAAAAAGAAACAUGACAGCUCUCCUAACCUGCUGUGCCUGUACUGUCUGAAGGUGUAUAAGAUCAAGUUUGUCCUCAAUGGCUGGGGCAUUACACAGAAUUACUAUCAUCACCUGGUCAAGCACCAGAGCAAGACCCGCAGCAAGAAGUGCACCAGCUGUAAGCUCGCCUUCUUCACCCCACAGGAGAUGAAGACGCACAAGAAGAGAGACCACGCCCCCAACCCCAGGGCUAGCUGCAUGAGCCUUGACUCCAAGGGCAGCAGUCAGGAGCAGGUGAUGAUCAAACUGCCCCAGAGGAGCACCCAAGGUGGGGUGAAGUCUCUCAACGCCCCCGCAGUCAUGAAGAACCUUGACCUGAGUCGAGUGCAGAUCCCCAGCUACGCAGAGAGCUUCCACUGCUUUGAGUGUAAGGGAUCUAUGUCAAACAUGGACCAUUUCAAGAAGUACACGGAGUGUUCAAUGUGUCGCUUUGCCACGAGCUGCAGCUCUGCUUAUGCAAAUCACAUGAUGUCCUUUCACUCUGGGAGGAACAUGCUGCGUGUCUUUCUCACUGUCCCUCGGGAACGCCCCCUGGAGACGAGGAGGUACUGCCUGUGUGGAUUCAGCAGCAGAUUCGGGAACAAGAUCGCCAAUCACAUGGUAUUCUGUUACAAGAGAACAUGUUAUGCUCAAAAACCAGAUCCGUUCAAGGAAGAGGAAGAGAGGGAGAUGGAUCCUCGCCGGCGCCCCGGGGCCUCAAUACUGGAUGCUCUGGGCCUGGUGAAGAAACAGACAGCUAAACGAUCAGCAGACCUGGAGUCAGCCAGUACAGAGGCCUUGCUCUCGCAGUUUGAGAACGAGUCGUUUGUGGGCGUGACAAACAUGAGCAUUGCUCAAGUGUUGUCUGACCAUAAUAAAGAGCAAAGCGGAGACGAUCUUGAUUAUGAUGUUGAGGAGGAAGUCCCCAGCGAUGAUGACGAUGCUGAUUACCGACCUGGUCGUUUUACUACAUCCCCCAAGUUGUCAAAAAGCAGACGAAGCAGAAGUGGAACGAUGCUUGUCAAGCUUAACUUUGGGAAACCAAAGUCAAAGAAAAUCAAAUCUGAAUCACAAGAUGGUGUGGCUUCUUCAGAAGUGCCCCCUGCUGGUACAUCAAGGGAGACAAAUCUAGCAAACGAUAGUGUAUCAAAUAAAGAAGACAUGGAAAAGAAUGCUUCUACUUCAAAAGAGGAAGUCACAAUUGAGGACAUGGGUAAUGAAGAUGUGUCCAAUCCAGCCUCUUCAGUUAAGGAUGGUGAAACAGGAAACAUCUCAGAGCGUAAAGAUGGGGAUGUUCAUGAGGCUGAGGACCAAAAUGUGGAGAUGGAAGCAGAAAGUGGUGAAGCUGAGGAAACCUUGGAGGAAACCGUUGAGGAAACCGGUGGAAUGAAAGGAUCAAAGAAAGAUGGGAAUGGAGAAGAAAAUGUUGGAGAGGGGGAGAGGACAGAAGAAAAUGAAACCGAAGAAGUGGAAGAAAGAAUCAAAACAAAGAAAGAUAGAACAGAAGAGGAAGAAGAAGGUGUGGAAGAAAGUGAACAAGGUGGAAAAAAUGUGCAGGAUGGGGCAGAAGGUGUGCAAGCCGAAAAAGAUGUGCAAAAAGAAGGUGUGCAAGCCAAAAAAGGUGUGCAAGCCGAAGAAGAAAGUGUAAAAGCCCAAGAAGAAACAACUCAAAGUCAGGAAAAAACUGAAGAAGUGAAGGAAACUAUUGGAUUUGAGAAAGAUGCUGAACCUGAGGAAAUUACUGAGGAGGAUGCACAAGAAGAUAUCAUGGAAACUGAGUCUGUCCCUGAAGAAGUAACCAUGGCCUCGGGGGUGUCUGAAAAGUCACUAACCGGGGAUAAUGACAGAGGGAAGUUGGGAUCCACUUCUGACCCAGAAGUCCCAGAAGAAUCAGAAAUCCCUGAAAAUCCUGAGCAAAAACCAGAGACUUCUGAUAAUCCCAGUUCUUUAGGAGAAAAGCCAAGUGUUGUGGAACCAAGGCAGAAUAACUUUGAGAAUAGAAUUGAUAAGUCCCAUGUUGUCUCGUCAGAGAAGAGGAAUUCAGAGGGAAAUCACCCCCGACGGGAAAGCUCUGAGGCAUCUGACAACAGAAGCAGCAGUUCUGAUCACAGGCAUCACUCUAGGUCCAGCCAUGAUAAGUCUGACAGACGGCACAGUGGGAGUGGCAGUUACCAUAGAGACAGGAGUCAUGACGGUCACCAUGGCAGCAGACGGGACAGGGACGACAAAUAUCGCGAUAGAAACUCAGGCAGAUAUGAAAGUAGAGGGUACUCCAGCCGUGAUUAUAGUCACUAUGGCGACAGAGGCCAAGGCAACCGCGAUUAUGGUAGUCAUGGUAACAGAGAUCGUUACCAUGACAACAGACAUUAUGACAACAGACAUCAGGAGAGGGGUUAUCGUAAAGACUCUCAAGGUCAUGGGGGCUGGCAGAGUCAUGGUGGUAGCAGUGGUGGUUACUAUGGUAACCAAAGGCGGGACUACCAUUGAUUAUUCUGUGGCAAAAAAAUAAACCAAAGCAAAACAACAGAAACGUAAAAACAACAUUGGACCAGAUAUAUGGCUUAAGACAUUUGUUACUAGAUGCAGAAGUCAACUUUGUAACAACAUGAGACCUGCCAGUGUGUAAAUGCCACGACUUGGGGACACAUGCAAAGACAACUUUUUCAGAUGCACACGAGGUUAUGUGGGGAGAACACGAGUGCUAACCCUGUAAAUACGGCUCCCACUUUGUUUGUACAUGUAUACAGCGUUUCAUUUAUGGGCAAAAACGUGUAGAAAACUAAGUGAGGAAAUUCGAGAACUUUAGUUAGAAGUUAAAAGUUGUAACUUCAAACUUGAAGUAGUUUACCUAUUCUAGUUUGAAGUCACAUGUUGAACUUUGCACUUCUAACUGAAGGUCUCUAUUUUUUAAUACAUGCUGUUAUGGAUACUUGUAUUCAGUUCUGAUGAGACAUCUGAUGUGAAGUUCGGGAAUAUUCCAAAAAUCUUACUAAGGCAUUGUUGGUAAAAGCUGGGUUCAUGUCUGGUUGCUUUGGUGACGGCAUCAGCUCCCCGUGUCUGCUUUUGUAGAUGUUCAGUAAUUCACCUAUCCUGACAUUUGCAGAGACUAAUAUUAUCAAAGACUUGACACAACACUUAUCAUGUGGUAUGUCAACACCAAAAUUUGAGGAACUCCAAAAAAA